AUGGACACGUCGAAGCUGGUGGUUCCCCUUGCCACAGGCGCAAUCGGCCUUGGCAGCUACUAUCUCGUGCGGCCGCUGGCGAACCCCUGGCUCCGGGGAGUCCUCGCCUCAGGCAGCUGCGCCGCUUUGACGGCCUAUGUGUGCAAGGACCUGCCAAUUGGCUCCGUGAGCACGAUGAUGACAACUUCACUGUGCUGGAUGGCAUCCAUACGCCUCACCCACCUCAUGCUGCUGCCCGAUGAGGAGCGUCAAGCUCUCACGCUGCGUGACUACGCCGCCAAGUUCUUGUGGUUUGUCUUCCCCGUGUUGAAGAACCCCACGCCUCGCGAGGGCACGCAAUGGCUCGGCCACGUCGCAUACAAUGCCGCUCUUGGGCUGGGUAAGAUGGUACUACGUGACUGGCUGGGCCGAUGGCUGCUCUAUAGCCUCGAACAGGUCGGUGGGGGCGAGGUGGUGCGGCAGAGUUACCUCCUGACACUCCAGUAUACUGCGAUGUUUGCCGUGCUCGUGAUGGCCUCGAUACCCGCAAACGACUUCCAGAGAGCCCUGGUCUCCUUGCUCACCAAGGACAGGCUCUCCUCGCGAGUUCUGGGGGCGUCGCUACAAUCGCCUGGUGGGUUCGCUGCUUCACGAAUCAGUGUUCACUCCGUUGAGAAAGCGGGCGCACUUCUCCGCGACAGCUGCGUCAUUCGCCGCAUUUGCUGUGAGUGGGCCUGCUUUGGAGAGGCGGGCCUCUCCUCGCUUCUAUUCUUCCUGAUCCAAGGCCUGGCAUGCGCGAUCGACACACGCUACCCACUGCAGCAGUACCUUCCUCGUCCGUUCGCUAUCGGACUCACCCAGGCAUUCCUCCUGGCCACAGCGCCGCUCUACCUGUCCCUGUUCGUCUUCGCCGGGCCUGCGUGGCAGCGCAACAACGCCACGUCACCACUGCCUCCCUUUCUCGCCCUCCCCAUCCCCAGCUUCUACCCCAAGUAA